CAUCUUGUUUUCCCUUUCCCGCGAUUUCCCCUUGGUCCAACCCGAGACCACUUCAUUCGCGCGCCAAAUUUCCAAACCACCGCCGAAGCAGCGUUCCCCAUCCAAACCCUAGAACCGCGCCGCCGCGCGAUUCGGUGGCGCGAUUCACCGGAGAAAUGCCGCUACAGGGCUCUACCAAGAGGCGCCGGGGCCGGGCGACUGAGGCCGCUGCGGCGGACGCGGACGCCCUGUUCUCCCUCCCCCCGGAGGUCCUCGACGACAUCCUGAACCGCGUCGGCAUCCGGGACGCCGUCCGCACGUCGCUGCUCUCCCGCGUCUGGCGAUGCCGGUGGGAGGAGCUCUCGUCCCUCGACCUCAGCUUUCGCCGGCACGAAGAUGGCGAGGGCACGCCGGAGGGGCUGGGGGCCGUCGAUGGCGUCCUCCUCCGCUGCCCCGGCCGCGUCCAGCGCUUCUGCGCGGACCUUGACAAUACCUACGCCGGCCGCAUCCACGACUGGCUCCGCGUCCUCUCGCGGCGGGGUGUUGAGAUCCUCGACCUCAGCUUCGGCGACGGCUUCCCCGCCCCCGCCCUCCCCUCUUCCGUCUUCUCCUGUGGCCGGCUCAGCUCGCUCAGACUCUGCGGCUGCUCCAUCCCGCCCCUACCCCCAGGCUUCGUGGCCUUCCCGGAGCUAAGGAGACUAAUUCUCAUGAACGUACGGUUACAUGACUACGGGGAGUACCAACUUGAGGAGAUCAUUGGUACAUCCCCGUUGCUCCAUUAUCUAGGUCUUACUGAUGUUCUCAUCGGUGGCGCGCGUGCCAAGAAAUGGGUGAUCCGAGCCCCCAAUCUCAGGCACUUAACGAUUUGUUCGGAAAUCAAUGAUGGCUGGAUCCUUAAGGAGUUGACAUCCCUGCGUUCCGCCUUGGUCCGUGUGUCCGACUUUCUUGUUGACCACCAUUUCGCCAAGUUUCUUUCAGGGCUUGCUCAAGUCACGGAGCUUAUGGUGAUCAACGAUAUACGGUCAAGUGCCAUGAUGCCGGAGAAACUUCUAUGCACCUUUCACAACUUAAAGAUCUUGAAGUUAUUUACGCAUUUGUGCAAACAAUCCUUUAUUAUGUUAACCUUAUGCUUACUAAAGAGCGCUCCAAAUCUUGAAGAACUCAAAAUACAGAUCUUUGGUCCCGAGGAGAUGGAAUUUGAGGCAAACGGAGAGUUUCUGAAUGCAUUAUGGACUGAUGGCAUGUGUGCCAACCUUAAGGUUGUGGAGAUGAUCGGUAUUAAUUGGCGCCGAAAUGAAAUGUCUCUUAUAGAGCUCAUUCUCACUAAAGUAAGGCUGCUUCAUACAUUAUGGAUUAGUCAGGGUGAUAAACUUGUGAUGUCUAAUGAGGAUGCUCUAUAUGAAUUACUAAGAUACAGAAGAGCUUCACCUGAAGCUCAGGUCCUAUUUAAAGGUUACGCUACAGGUUAUUAGGUCAGAGACGGGCUUUGGGGCAUUGUGGAAGACGUGUGGACUAUGGAGCGAGUUCUCUUUUAUGGACGAUUCUACCUUUUGAUGCAGUAUUUUGGAUUAGAAAUGCAGCACACAGAAUGGCUUCUGAACAAACUGCCUUUUGUGAUUAAAAGGCUCUUGUUAGUACUAUUACUGUUGUGAGACAUGUGUCAUGACCCUCUUGACCUCUGCUGCAUGGGGUGUUUCAUGACCCUGACUUGCCAACUUUGUUGUUUGUCUUGGUAUGGUAUUCACUAAUUUUUUUGU